UGUGGGUGUACCGGCGGUGUCUGUACUGCAACAAUGGAGAGGCUGACGUUCAACUUGUAAUCUAUCAGAGCCACACAUCACUCUUCCCACAAAUGGAUAUCUUUAAUGCUAAAGAUGAGCUGAGUUCUCUGAUGGGUCACAAAGUUCGUAUUGUAGCAGUACCUUACUUCCCGUACAUGGAUUACGAGACGACCACUCAGGAGCCAGGGGGCAUAAUCAUUCCCAGGGACUCUGUUGACACCAGGCUUAUUUACACCUUUGCAUCAGCAAUUAAUUUUACCUUUGAAAUUCGCGAGGAGCCUGAACGAUCGUGGGGGCUGCAGGAGAACGGCGUCUUCACGGGGAUGAUGGGUCAGCUCCAGCGGGAAGAGACAGACUUCUGUACCAUAGCUGGUCCCUCACCGGAGCGUCUGAAGGUCGUGGAGUACCUCAGGGGGUAUCCUUCAGAUCUGAUGACACUGACGUCUCUUAAACCAUCUCUCCUGCCACAACACCUGUCGUUAAUAAGACCUUUUCAAGGAGAGCUGUGGCUGGCGAUGCUAGUGAGUGUAGUGGUGUGGAGCGUGAUCCUGUGGCUGCUGCAAAAAACGUGGAAGAGGUCAGGCGAUGGGCAGGAAGUCAGCCUCGCUACCACCCUCUUGUAUGGCUUGGCAUUACUCCUGGGAAAGCCACCAGCAACAACUCUCUUCUUCAAUAACUCAGGAAGACUGUUAGUCGGGUGGUGGCUAGUGUUCUGCCUGAUCAUCACUACGGGAUAUAGUUCAUCACUGAUCGCCCAUAUGACUGUACAAGGAAAGACCAGACCCAUAGAGACCAUGGAGGACCUUGUGAAGCAGCACAACUGGAAGUGGGCUACUGAACCAUGGCUGCUUAAAGGGGUACCUUUUGAUUAUUUUUCCAAGCAUACUGACCCUGUUGUGAAAAAAAUAUUUAAAAAUAUGGAGGUAGAAGUGGCAGACAGUGCGCUGCAGAAGGUCCUAGCAGGCAGCUACACCUUAAUUGAUUUUGAGAACUACGUGACUAUCAUCGUGGCUUCCCGAUACACUGACACCCGUGGCAACACUCCUUUCUUCGUCAGUAAGAAAACAUUCUCUAUAAUGGCUGCCUUCGGCUGGGGCUUCAGGAAAGGCGCACCAUUCUAUCCUCGAUUUCACCAGCUGGUAUCCCGUCUUGAAGACGCUGGAAUCGUAAGUUACUGGAUUAAAGACGUGAUAGAGAGACGAGUAAGGGAGAACAGGAAGACUGCAGCACUGAACUCGCAGUCUGCUCUAAUAACUACACCAUCGGGCGACCAGAGCAAUAUUGCACUCGGUAUACGUCAUAUGCAGGGAGCGUUCUACGUGGUGUUCCUUGGCUCCAGCGUUGCUUUCCUCACUCUGCUGGGGGAGAACCUUGCUUGCUGGAGGAGAACCUCACCUGCUGGGGUAAAAAACUCGUCUCCUGGGGUUGAACCUAAUCCAGUAUCCCCCAUUGCAGCAUCACCUGACCAUGAGACUAAAAAUAUAGUCAAAUGACUGAAAAACAUGCAGGAUCCUUGAGAAUAUAAAAAUUACAUUGGAAAAAAAAUCCAAAUUCGAUGCCAGUUUCUGUAAAUUAUAGGUAAGCAACAUAUAGACUCGAAUUAAAUUAGGCGAGUCUAAGAUCAUUAUUUCAUAACCGGGUUAUGUCGUUUGCAGUUUUAUAUCUGUUUAAUUACGUCUUCAUCUUUCCUCUGACUUCCAGGACUUAAAAUCUACGAAUUUUACCUUCUUCCUGUCACUUUAAUCGUUGUGUAAACAAGUCAUACCUGCCAAAUGCUGAAUUUAUCCAGAGGAACUGGUUUAAAAUUCCAUUUAAAAAAAAUAUAUUCCUCCAAUAUGGCGAGCUGCUUUCAAUCACUCCAUGCUGAAAGCGUAAGAAAUUUAUUUAUUUACAUUGCUGGAAUAUACACUUUAUUCACCGUCUGCACCAGAAGUCAAGAUUUUUUCCUAUCAACAUGAUAAUAUUCACCAUCAUACCAUGAAUGUGGGACAGCCAAAUGUUACAUUUUGUUUGCUUUU